AUGGAAUUUCCACAUCAAAAGAUUGAUAUUUCUCAUCUUGAUAUUCCAACUGAUAUUAUUCUCGCUGAUUCUUUAUUCAACGAAACGAGUAAAAUCGAUUUGAUUAUUGGAGUAGAAAUAUUUUAUGACCUAUUACGAGAUGGUCAAAUUAAAUUUGGUCCAAACCAACCUCUGCUGCAGAACACCGCUUUAGGUUGGAUUGUUUCUGGAAGGGUUAGUAGUCAACACAUACAGCCAUCUAUAGCGAAUGUUGCUCAUGAGAGUAUUCCGUUUAUCGAACAACAAUUGGUACGAUUUUGGGAAAUCGAAUCGUGUCAAACGAAGAGUGUGUUAUCUAGAGAAGAAUCUCUCUGCGAAGAACACUUCGCCAAAACGACAGCACGAGACUCUUCUGGUCGUUUCGUCGUAGCUUUACCCAAGAAGGAAGAUGUUAUCUCCCGCAUUGGAAAUUCCAAGAAUAUUGCCAGUCGUCGCUUUAUGUCUCUUGAACGCCGUCUCCUCUCCAAUCCCGAACUGAAGGAAGCUUAUUCGAAGUUUAUCCAUGAGUGGAGAGAUUCGCCAACUCAGCCGCUUCAAACGUAUCAAUUGACAACGGUCACUUAUGGUACCUCUGCAGCUCCAUAUCUUGCAACAAAAUGUCUGCAAAAAUUAGGAGAAGAUGGAUCAAUAAUUUAUCCAGAAGCCGCAGUGAUAAUUCGCAACGAUGUAUAUAUGGAUGAUUUGCUGAGCGGUGCAGAUAGCAUCAACAAGGGGAAAGAACUGUGCAGUCAACUAAUUGAACUGGCAAAUUCUGCUGGUCUUCAGUUUCGCAAAUGGGCUUCCAAUAGCCACGAAAUAUUAGAAUCAGUCCCAAUACACCUGAGGGAUGAACGCACUCUUUUUGAACUUGAUUCUUCAUGCGCAUCGAUAAAGACCCUUGGUCUAAAAUGGGACAUAUUAUCAGACAAAUUUCUUUUCGAGAUUCCAAAGCACAGUCGAAAUUUGCCACUUACAAAACGUGUUGUUCUCUCGGACAUUGCACGACUGUUCGACCCUCUGGGGCUAGUAGGCCCAGUAGUUAUUCAAGCUAAAUUAUUCAUGCAAGAACUUUGGAAGGAAGGGAAAGACUGGGACGAUUCACUGAAUGAUAAUUACCAUCUUCGAUGGAUAAACUUCCGCAACAAUCUUAGUGAUCCAGCGAAGCUAGAAAUUCCACGUUGGAUGAUGACGUCAUUUACCAACGAGAGCACGAAAUAUCAUGGAUUUUGUGAUGCAUCAGAGCGAGCGUAUGGUGCAUGUAUCUACGUUCGCACAAUUUCGUCAGACGGUUCCAUAUAUGUACGCUUAUUGACUGCGAAGUCCAAGGUCGCCCCAAUUGGAAAAACUAAGAAGGACACAACUGUAUGUCUUCCUCGUCUUGAGCUUUGCGCAGCCCUUCUACUUAGUCACCUUUACGAAAAGGUCCAAUCUUGCAUAAAAAUGAAGGUCAAGACCUUCUUCUGGACGGAUUCAACAAUAGUCCUCCAUUGGAUAUCCGGCAGUCCAUCUCGCUGGAAAACAUUUGUUGGCAAUCGUGUUUCCGAAAUCCAGCGAAUUACCGUCAACAGUGUUUGGGCACACGUGCCAGGCAUAGAAAACCCUGCGGACGUAAUUUCCCGCGGAAUGUCACCUGAACAAUUGAAGGAAUUCACUAUUUGGUGGAACGGUCCUCCAUGGCUUUCACAAUCGCCUCGUUUUUGGCCUCCUCUCACUCGUCAAACUGGAGACAACUUCCCUCCAAAUGAAUUGGAGGAACGAUGUGUAUUUCUUUACGCCCAAACGAAACCUCCAAAUGAGAUUUUUUCGUUGUAUUCGUCGUUCACAAAAUUGACACGUGUGAUUGCAUUGUUGCAAAGAUUUAUUCAUAACGAUGACACGACGAAACGGCCACAACAAAAGACCGGUAUGUGUCGAUAA